AUGUCAGCAACACCAAGCCGACGGCAGUCAUCUCAGCCGCAUCCACAAUCAGCACAAUCACGCCGACGAAACGCAACGCAAGCCUCAGUUUUGGAUGUAACACCUCUACCAGAAUAUCAGACGCCCGAGGCUCCCCUCACAGCAGAAAGCCAGCGCCGAAUCGCCGCUCUACUCGCAUCACACCACCUCCGCACCCUCCGCACCCACCUCCAACAUGCCGCCGAGAAACUCACACACUCAGGCGGUGAAGUAAAUGAACGGCUUAGCGAUGCCCGGGUUCGGUAUGAAAAAGCAAAGGAGGUACGCCGGAGUGAAGGCGACGAGAAUGUCGACGACGACGAGAGCAGUGAAGAGUACCAGCGGCUUGCUGAGGCAGAGGCUCGAGUUGAUGCUAUUACUGCGCGGAUGGAGGAGAAGACACGACUGAUUGUCGACUCAGAAGUAAAGCUCCAGGGGCUUACAGAUGCGAUUGGUCAAAUUGAAAGGGAGGAGGGCGAGAAUGUCGCUACUGCUUUGGGGGUCAGACAAACCCGUCAACAGCGGGCGAGACAGAGAGCCAAUGCGGUCGAUGAAGACGAUGGGACUGAAGAUCCUACCGACGGUGAUUAUGAAGAUGAGCAGGAGAAAGAGAUGCGGGAACGCAAUGCAGCCAACCCGCCCAGUCGCAAGCUGGUGGACAAGUUGACAGAGGGCGUUCAGCAAUGGGAUGAGCUUUCUUUGACAGAGAGAUAUGCCAGCAAUAACUCUUACAUCGGCUUCUACCGAAUGGUGCAUGACGCCAAGUUCCCGGGCGACGAUGUCCCGCCAUUGCCUCACUCAUCUACAUGGUUUGAACACAUGGAAGAUACGACUACACGAUCAGGAGUACAGACACGCACGCGCAACCAGAACCGUGCCGUCUCGCCCGGCUCGGACGAUGACAUUGCCAUUGAGCGCGAGCGCAUCUCCCUCAAAUGUCCAUUGACUCUCACGUCUUACCAGGAUCCUGUGACGAGCACGAAAUGUCCCCACAGCUUCGAGCGCGAGGCUAUUAUGGAUAUGAUCAAUCGCAGCCAGACGACUAUUCCGCCUCCGGCUUCUCGUAGGGGACAGCGCCGCGUCCGCGUGGUCAAAUGUCCUGUUUGUUCUACGCCGUUGACUGCGGAUGAUUUCAGACCAGAUCCUGUUCUACUACGUCGUGUUCGACGUGCACAGGAGCUUCAGAAGCGCGAGGAAGAGGAUGAUCACCUUGAAGGGGAUGGGAGAAAGCAGAAGGACCGAAGUACCGGUAUUACCUUGGGUAGUGAUGGGGAAAGUGAUGAUGAUGCUAUGGAUGUUGAUGCCCAGCCUACCUCACAGCGUGUCAAAAUGGAGCCGCUCAGUCAGCCUGCUCCGGUUCAAUCUGAUGAGUCGGGCGAUGAUGCGGAGAGUCUAGAUGCUGAGAUUGAGGAUGCGGAGAAUGGGGAUGGGGAGAGUGAAGAGGGAGAGGAUGAAGAGGUGGAGACUGAACAACAGAAUGAACCGGUGGAUAUUGAGCAACCCCACAGCGGAGAACCAAAUGAAGUGGAGAUGGAUGACCCCGAUAAUGAAGCGGAGAAUGAAGAUGGUGAGAUUGAACACGCGCAAAUCGAAGAAGCGCAGAAUGAAGAGCAAAAUGAAGAGAUGGAAACUAACAACUCUGACAAUGAAGGGGGGAGCGAGGAAGUCCCCGACGAAACGCAGAAUGAAGAGCAGAAUGACGAGAUUCACAUUGAAGUGGAGAAUGCAGAUGUGGAAAGCGACGUUCAGAAAGUGGCUUCUCAAGAUGUGCAACCCGAUGUACAGGGUGAAGGUCAGGAUAAAGAUGACAGUGACAGCGGAGAGAGCACCAGUACAGACAGUGAAGACAGUGAUAUUGAACCCAAAGUCGAGAGUGGGUCUGAGGAUAGCGUGGAGAGCGUGGAGAGCGAAAGUGAUUGA